CGGGCUGAGGGGAGCCGAGGGGCCGGUUAAAGCGGCCGCCCGCAGCCGCCGCUCGCCCGCCCGGCUCCCGCGCCUCGCCGACGGACGGCGCCGCGGCGGCUCGCACGCCAAUGAGGGCCCGGACUCCGGCCCUCGCCGCCUCAGGAGCCGCCCGGAGCCUCCCGUCCCGACCCCCCGCUCGCCGCCGCCUGGCCGGGCGGGCGGCCAGGACCCAUGCGGCGGCUCCAGGAGAGGUUUAGGAGGUUCAUGAACCACCCAGCUCCAGCAAACAGCCGCUACAAACCCACUUGCUAUGAACAUGCUGCUAAUUGUUACACACAUGCAUUCCUUAUUGUUCCUGCAAUUGUGGGUAGUGCCCUUCUCCACCGGCUUUCUGAUGAUCGAUGGGAAAAGAUAACAGCAUGGAUGUAUGGCAUGGGGCUCUGUGCGCUCUUCAUUGUCUCCACAGUAUUUCAUAUAGUUUCUUGGAAAAAGAGUCACUUAAGGACAAUGGAGCAUUGCUUUCACAUGUGUGACAGAAUGAUGAUCUACGUCUUCAUUGCAGCAUCAUAUGCACCAUGGCUAAAUCUACGUGAGCUUGGACCUCUAGCAUCUCACAUGCGUUGGUUUAUCUGGCUGAUGGCUGCUGGAGGGACCAUUUAUGUAUUUCUCUACCAUGAAAAGUAUAAGAUCGUUGAACUCUUUUUCUACUUAGCGAUGGGAUUUUCUCCUGCUCUGGUAGUGACCUCCAUGAGCAACACCGAUGGACUUCAGGAGGUUGCCUGGGGAGGCUUGAUAUAUUGUCUUGGUGUGGUGUUCUUCAAGAGUGAUGGAGUCAUUCCUUUUGCCCAUGCCAUCUGGCACGUAUUUGUGGCCACAGCAGCUGCUGUUCAUUACUAUGCCAUUUGGAAGUACCUUUACAGAAGUCCUGCAGACAUCAUUCGUCACUUAUGAUAUAUGCAUAUAUAUCAGAGUGGGGGGAGUAAUCUGCACUUGGCCUCUGUAACAGUAUUAUUUGACUUAAGGAAUUCGGGGAAAUCAGAAAAUUGCACAGAAAAGCUGCACUGAUGUUGGUAGUUCUCUGAACACAAUUACUGUGAACUGAUGUUGUGUGUGUCCUGGAAUUGUCCUUCGUAUGGCAAGUGCUGUAAAUAACUAAGAUACUGUACUGCAGUACUAAGAGUCCAUUCCAUGUUAGUAGAACUGGCUACCUGAUGUUUACAAAUAAAUUUUGUAUUCUAGUUUAACUUUACAAUUUUUAACUACAUGAAUUUUUCUAAAUUAGUGAUUCAAGUGAAGUCAGUGCAAUAGCGAAAAUGUAACUUCUGAUUUGAACUUGGUUUCUGUCACCUUUCCACUAGUCAUUUAUUAAACAUGAAUCACAGAUGGAAUGAUUUUUAUACCACCCAUUAUCUUGAUACAAUGUGACUUUUAUAGAAACUUUUUGUGUUUUUUGUAAACUUUAAAAGUACAUUUACUGAACUGAAAACACACAACUGUCAUCUAUGCAGUUAUUCAUGUUGCAAAAUCUCUUGCAAGAAAUGGUUACAUUCCACAUACUGUACUGACAAGCAAACGUACCUCUUUCAAGGGUUGUAUUAUAGGUGUAAUUAUAAUAACCACUUUUUACAAACUAAAAUAUAAAUGCUCAUCUGCUGAGUUGGAACGUGGUAAUAUUCUGCUCAUCUAUAGUACCACUUAAACAGCACCUUAAUUUGGCUCUAUCUGUGAUGGAAAUGAAGUGCUUUAAAGAAGUAAUUAACACAAGUUUCUUCUCAAGAUUCCCAGUUCAACUCUGUGCUGCCCAGUCAAGCAGCAGUUUGGAUGAAAGCUGACAUCAGACCUUGGCAGUAUUAAGGAAGGUGCCCAGCUAAUAUCGCUCUAUCCAAAACGGUUAGUAACUUUUCUAAAACAUGUAUACGUAUAUUGGUGCUGUAAUAUUAAGGCUUGGAUUUUUUCAAGGGGAUUUGAAUUGGCCAGCAGAACCACUUCCCACCAACUUUGAUUGGGGUCAUUGAUUGACAUUUUGUUGGGAAAUCCUCAUCAGAACAGCAGAUAGAGAGCAACUGCUGACCGCUUUGAAUUCAUGGCUAUUGGUUCUUCACAAGCACAGCCUUUUAGGGAGGAAAGAGUAAAGAACUUCAUUCAGUGGCACUUGUCAUUCUAGGACUUAACACAGAGUAAAACUGGUCUUCAAUUGUAUUGCUGUCUUUCCAUAGAGGAAAACAAAAUGUGGUAGUAAGUCACAAUUGUAGAACAUGUGCAUUUAAUGACCAGUUGUAGAAGAGUCAUUGUAAUACUGUUUAUCCAAUAAUUGUAAUCUGUCCCACUAUAUAAUGAAUGUCUUAUAUUAAGAUUGACUUUAUCCUUUUUCUAAUUUACUGUUUUUCAUGUCAGUAUUCAAAAACAAGCAAAACUUGUUGCCUUUUUCAGAUUUUGUUCUGAAUAUUGCCUAUCUUCAAAUGAUAAGUAGCAAGAUAGGGAUGUUUUUCAAGGUACCGUUUAAUAUUGCACCUAGGUUUGUCAGUGGGUUGCAUAUUUUAGAUUAUAUACAUUUGUAAAUGGAACUUAAUAAGAGGGACAAACUUUAGAUUUAAGGCAUUGAAGAAGAGUUGCUGUACAGUGUUAGCAGAUGAUUGGAGAAACAGCACCACUACAGCAGAGUAAUUAACUGCCCCAAAAGAGUAAAAAUGGGACAACUGGGCAGGUAAUUCCAAGUACAAGUCUCACAUCUGGAUGCCUCAGUUUUUUAACAUUGUGUGUAUUUUAGUAUUUUCCACUUUUUGUGAUUUCAUAUAUUUUGUUUAAAUGCAGUACUGUUAAAACCACUAAAACCCAUGUAAAGGUUUUCUGUAGUCAAAAGUGAAACUAUUGCUCAGAUAUGUUUGUUUUAAUUUUAAGUUAAUUUUUCAUGGCAUUGCUUUUUGAAGUGUUUGAAAUGGUUUUUAAAAAACUUCAAUUCGCCAAAAAUAUUUUGAAUUACUGUAUUCUAGUCAAUAUGAUACUGAAUGUACUAGACUAACAAUAAACAUUUUGUGCAAUUUGGAAA